AUGGCUUUCAAAGUGAUCAUCAUUGGAGGCGGCCCCGUUGGGCUUUUCCUUGCAAAUGGGUUACAGGCGUCAAACAUUGAUUACUUGCUGUUUGAAAAGCGAUCUACUAUCCCCCCAACCACUGCCUUUGGUAUCUUUUUGUGGCCUCAAGUCACUAGGAUGAUGCAUCAAUUAGGUCUUCUCGAUAAACUGAGAGAAGUAUCUCAUCCCAUGACGGGCAUAAUUCACAGUGCUCCUUCUGGAGAGCAACUGAGUGCAGAUACAAUUUUUUCCAAGACUCACCAGAUUCAUGGAUACCCUGUUGUUGUUACAGAUCGUGGUAGUCUUGCCAAUACGCUUCUUAGCGGUCUUGAAGACCCCGAGAAUCAUAUCUUCACCAAGAAGCAGCUUAAUAACAUUAUUCCUCAAGAAGAUAAGGUAACUGUGGAGUUCACAGACGGCACCAGCUACGAUGGAUCUAUUGUCAUUGGCGCAGACGGAAUUUGGAGCACCGUCCGUGACCAGAUUCGCCAACAUGCACCUAAGGGCCUGUUUCCGAAAAAUCCAUAUGAAGCUUCAUAUAAAGGAAUUUUCGGAAGAGGGCCGUUGGUAGAAGGCAUAACAUCGGGGCAAGGCAUUGAAGUACACGGCGAUGGGUGGUUAAUCCAAGCGUUUCCAUCUCAAAAGGAAACUCACAUGUUCAUUUACAAACGCAUUCCGUCAACUACCACCAAAAUCCCCUUCUCGCCAGUCGUCACAGAUAGCGAUAUUGCAGAGUUUUAUGACGCUCAACUAACACCCGAGGUCUCUUUUAGAGAUAUCUGGGACAAGCGCUACGCCCAAGGCACUGCAAACUAUGAAGAAGGUGUUUGCAACCUCUGGCAUUAUAAUCGCAUCGCUUUGAUCUCCCCGAAGCAAGGCGUGGCCGCAAACGUUGGCAUGGAAGCUGCAGCAACUCUCACCAAUAAACUUGCAACCCUCCUGCAAAAUAACCCAGAUCCCAACACCAAAGACGUCAAUAAGGCGUUUAGCACAUAUCAAACUGUGGAUAGUAGCGGGCCGCUACUUGAAGCUAUGAGCACGAAUGCUGCUGCUCGCGUACCUGCUAUGGUAUCGAAGUCAUUCAAAUUUGAACACGUUCCUUUUGAGCAGCAGUAUGCAAAUGAGCUGCCGUGGGUAUAUUAG